AUGUUUCAACCAAAUUUGAUAGAAAAAGAUAUGAUAUAUACUACUUUUAAUUGGGAUUAUGCAAAUGAAAGAUUCAUCUACAGUAAACUCAUAAUAAUACUUACUCAGUAAAAAGAAAUUUAAUAUAUUAAAAAUGGAGCAAUAAUUAGGAUGUAAGUUUUUCUUUUAUUAAUCUUUCUAGAGAUACUAUUAAAGACAUAUCAAAAACCCCUUAAGUAUUACAUAAUUUUUAAUAAAUCAAAUAUCUUCAAUGGUGUGGAAAAUAUGGAUUAAAUGAUCAAAAAGUAGGUAAAUGGUUUGCUAAAUGGAAUUGCGAGACAAUAAUUGAUGUAGGUGGAAUUUACUCAGAUGAUGGAAAAAAAUAGGGUUUAUGGAAAGAAAUGAUAAAAAAUUAUUGGAUGUAAAUAUAAUAUAUAUAAUCAUUAGAAAGGCUUAGGCUUAUGAAAUUGGAUAGUAUGUAAGUGAUUUGAGAAAUGGAACGUGGAAAUAAAUUUAUGAGGAUAAAGAGAUGUAUUAAUUGUAAAUAUCUAUUAGUGGGGGAGGUGAUUAUAAUAAAUAAGGUCAAAAAGAGGGAAAAUGGAAAGAAUUUUGGGAUGGAUUUUGGCAUUAUUCAUAAGUAUUUUAUUUAGGUGAAUAUUAAAAUGGUAACAAAGUUGGCAGAUGGGAUAUUUUGUGCUAUGAUGAGAUUAUGUAAAAACAUUUUGUUAUUAAAUUAUAUUUUAGUGGUGGUGGAUUAUAUGAUAAAGGAAUUAAAUUAGGUUAUUGGAUAGAAGUGUCAGAUAGAUUUUAUGAGGGUUCUUACAUAACGCAUAAAGGUUAAUAUAAAAAUGGGCAAAAAGUUGGUAGAUGGGAUAUUUGUUAUCAAAAUAAGCAUAUGUAAGAAUAUUCUUGGAGCUAUAUGUAUGUUUUAGUGGUGGUGGAUCAUAUGAAGAAGGGAUUAAGGAUGGUAAUUGGGUGGAAGUAUCUGAUGAAUUUUAAGAUAGUUCCUAAAUAACUUAUGAGGGAGAGUAUAAAAAAGGUAAAUAAAUCGGCAAGUGGAAUAUUUUGUUUGAAAAAAUAGUUAUGUAAAAAAUAUCAUGUAGAUUAAUGUAUGUUUUAGUGGUGGAGGAUCAUAUGAUGGAGGGAUUAAGAUUGGUAAUUGGGUAGAAGUGAGUGAUGAAUUUUCAGAGUUUUCUUAAGUUACUGUUUAUGGCGAAUAUAAAAAUGGUUAAAAGGAUGGUAAAUGGGAUAUCUGUUAUAAGGAGUAUUGGGAAAAGAAUGCACAAAGCAUGAAAAUGUAAAAACAGAAUAUAUUUUUAGUGGCGGUGGACUGUAUGAUGAAGGAAUUAAAUCAGCUAAAUGGGUGGAAGUGUAGGAUAGAUUUUAAAAAGAUGCUUAAGUCUUUUAUAAUGGCGAAUAUAAAAAUAAUAAAAAAGUUGGUAGAUGGGAUAUUUUUUUUCAAAAUACACAUAUGUAAGAAUUAUUUUGCUGAAUUUAUAUUUAGUGGGGGAGGAUAAUAUGAUGAAGGGAUUAAAGUGGGUAAUUGGAUAGAAUUAUCGGAUGAAUUUAGGGUUGAUAGUUAAGUAAAAUAUAUUGGAGAAUACAAAAAUGGUAAAAAAAUUGGUAAAUGGGAAAUCAUGGUGAAGGAUGAAUGGAAUUUAAGACCAUUUUAUUAUAUGUAAAAUAUUAGAUAGAUAGCUUUUAAUAAACCCAAUUUUAAAUUUUAGUGGAGGUGGAUUAUAUGAUGAAGAAGGGGAAGAAUUUAAGUUGGGUAAGUGGGUGGAUGUAGCAGAUGAUAAAUGGUUCUUAACUUAUACUGGUGAAUAUUAAAAUGGUAAAAAGGUAGGUAUCUGGGUGGAGAUAGAUAUUUAUAAUAACAAGAAUUUGUAGAUUGGGGAGAAGAAUUAUGAGAAUUGA